UCUAGCUUUAUUCGAUUUAACCGUGGCACGAAGAAGAUGGCUGACUUUACCGAGGUGGACGGAGAGAAACUCAGCAAAAAGUAUGGUCAUUGAUUGGUGUUGAUCAGUAGGUCAGCCUGCCUCACUAUGCUGACUUUGAUGGUCAGGGCUGCCCGGCACCAAGUGUGCCAAGCCUUUGGGGUCAGGGCUCAAGGAGUAAAGUUUGCUCUCCCCUGCACAGCAGCAGUCCCAGCUCUAAUUCAGGGGAAUCGCUGGAGAGGUGACAAAAGUGAGCUGAAGAGGCGAAUGAAAGCUGAGAAGAAGGCAGCUGAGAAGGAAGCCAAAGUCAAAGAGCAAGUGGAGCAGAAGAAGGAAACCAAUGACCAGGCGGAUCAGAAUGCAUACGGGACAGAGGAAGAGACCUUGGACCCUAAUCAAUACUUUAAGAUCCGUAGCCAAGCCAUCCAGGCUCUAAAAGGCACAGCAGAGGACCCCUACCCACACAAGUACCAUGUAGAUCUGUCACUCACAGAGUUCAUUGAAAAAUACAACCACCUACAGCCUGGAGACCAGCUUACAGACGUUGUCCUCUGUGUAGCAGGCCGUGUCCAUGCCAAGAGGGCAUCCGGGGCCAAGUUGAUAUUUUAUGAUUUGAGAGGGGAAGGUGUCAAGCUGCAGGUUAUGGCAACCAACAGGAACUACAAGUCUGAGGAUGAGUUUGGGCACAUCAACAACAAGCUACGGCGUGGUGACAUUAUUGGUGUCCGUGGUAACCCAGGGAAAACUAAAAAGGGCGAGCUGAGCAUCAUUCCCAUAGAGAUGACCCUACUUUCACCUUGCUUGCAUAUGCUUCCCCAUCUCCACUUUGGCCUCAAAGACAAGGAAACAAGAUUCCGCCAGCGUUACCUUGAUCUAAUUCUCAAUGACUUUGUGAGGCAGAAGUUUCUAACACGUGCCAAGAUCAUCACUUAUCUUCGCAGUUUCCUGGACGGGCUGGGAUUCCUGGAGAUUGAGACACCCAUGAUGAAUCUGAUUCCUGGUGGAGCUGUGGCCAAACCCUUUGUCACCUACCACAACGACCUUGACAUGAACCUUUACAUGAGGAUCGCUCCUGAGCUCUAUCACAAGAUGCUUGUGGUUGGGGGGAUUGACAGAGUUUAUGAGAUUGGACGGCAGUUCAGAAACGAAGGCAUUGACCUUACCCACAAUCCUGAGUUUACCACCUGUGAAUUCUAUAUGGCUUACGCCGAUUACCAUGACUUGAUGGACAUCACAGAGAGGCUGCUCUCAGGGAUGGUUAAGCACAUCACUGGAGGGUACAAAGUAAAGUAUCAUCCAGAGGGGCCAGAGGGUCAGGCUGUUGAGAUUGACUUUACUCCUCCAUUCAGGAGAAUCAGCAUGACACACGACCUGGAGAAGGAGAUGGGUGUCAAGUUCCCAGCUACUGACACAUAUGACAGUGACGAGACCCGUAAAUUCUUUGAUGAUCUGUGUACCCAGAAAGGAGUGGAGUGUCCUCCUCCUAGAACCACUGCCCGCCUCCUUGACAAGUUGGUGGGAGACUUCCUGGAAGUCACAUGUAUCAACCCCACAUACAUCUGUGACCACCCACAGAUCAUGAGCCCAUUAGCCAAAUGGCACCGGUCAGAGAAAGGCCUGACGGAGCGCUUUGAGCUGUUUGUAAUGAAGAAGGAGAUCUGUAAUGCCUACACUGAGCUGAAUGACCCUAUCAGACAGAGAGAGCUGUUUGAGCAACAGGCUAAGGCCAAGGCAGAGGGUGAUGAGGAGAGCAUGUCCAUUGAUGAAACCUUCUGCACAGCACUAGAGUAUGGCUUGCCACCGACUGCUGGGUGGGGCAUGGGCAUUGACCGCCUUACCAUGUUCCUCACAGACUCUAACAACAUCAAGGAGGUGCUGCUCUUCCCUGCCAUGAAGCCUGAUGACAACAAGACAGCCCUUCCCACAGAGGGCACUUCUGUCUAGUAUUGUGACCUCACCACCUGGCUGAUAUCUACCGACAAUGGCAUGAUGAGACCUGUGGAAUGAACUUAAUUGGUUCGUUCAUUAAUUGGUUCGUUCAUUGUGGGUCAUGAUGGAGUUGAAGUUUUCCAUUUUUUUUUUACUUAAUUCUUGCAAUCUGCAUUAAUGUGGAAAAUAAGGGACUUUUAAAUAUAUUUUUCAACAAUUACAGUUUAAUAGAAAGUAUCAAAACUGUGCUGUUGCAUGGAAUUACUUCAGGCUUUUUCCCCUUUUUGUCUUUAAGUGUGAUUAACAUUCUAGUCUCGUAUGUUAGCGAUUGAAGGUUUCUCGUGUUCUAAAAGUUAUGUAUGCUCUACAACUUAAUUAUUUUUAAAUAAAACAAUAUGUUCAUCUGCAAUUACCUGCCAUUAUCACAAAUAAACUUGACAAAUGACAAAUGUG